GCAUCCACCCACUCGCGCACUGUAUAUAAACGGUAACCCCCCAAUUCGAACUUCAAUACAAAUUUUUGGCGCUUUAAGAUAGAUCGUGUCCUCAGCGUUAUGGUGAUGAAGCUGUCUUUGGUGUGGGUAUUCGCUGUUUUCGUACCCAGUCUUGUGGAGUGUGCCCCCAAUAAUUUCUGGUCACAUGGAUGGGACAGUGAGUGGCAGGAGCUUCCGUUUUGUUCUAAUGACCCCGUACCGUGUGACAUGGCUAUGAAAAUGUAUGCUUCAAGAUCUCGGACGUCUCCAGAAAUCUACUCCACGGACAAACAGAUGUGUACAUGUCCUAAUGGAAACACGUGUCCGAGAGGAUGGAGCACACACGGAGAUAAAUCUAUUACACGGGACAUCCUGUCUAGAGGAAAACGAAUUGGGAUUGCCCUGCACUACUGUAAUCCUAUUGGUGGAGAGAGAACAUGCGGAGAUGAGGUUGCCAUGGUAGUGGAAGGAGGAAAUAUCCCAGAGAAAAUAAAAACAGUGAACUGUAAAUGCUCAAGUGUUGAGCCUCUCAAAAUCAAGAAGAGCUACUAUGUCGGUUGGAAGAUGAACCACGAUCUGGUUUGCUCGAUGCCACAGUGCAGCAUCAAUCGAUCAGACGGCGGCGUUUGUCAGAAGAUAGAAAGGGUGAGAGACCCGCAAACCUGGCUAGUGACGUAUGUCAACACAAACUUGUGUGAAUGUCCUAAUGGUUACGGCUGUAUGCAGGCAGACCGCCAAAACAGUGACCUGUUUUUCGGUGCCCUAGAUAACAGAGGAACCGAAUUUAUUAUUACUUUUAUGGACAACAAAAUUUUAGAAAAUAGAGAUAUUCAGCCGGAAAUUUUCAUCACAACAGCGAAAACUCAUCUGGUUCACGUGACCAUCACAUCACCAGGUGUGCAGCAUUCCCGCCUUCACGAAAGCUUUUCUAUCACAAAAGGGCAUGUUAAACGCAUUGCAGUGGAUACAAGUUAUCGUCUGAAUCAAACAGAACUAAGUAGAAAGGGAAUUCUCAUUCAAGCUGACGAUGAAAUCGUGGUAUAUGGAGUGAACAGGGAGGUGUACUCAGACGAUGGCUAUUUAGCUCUGCCAACUGACGUUCUGGGAACUGAAUAUUAUACGAUGUCAUACUCUCCGUCGUACUAUUACUGUGUUUUCGCUGUCAUUGGUAUCCAAGACCAAACACAGGUUUCAAUCCAUCUACCAAAUACCCCUAGUUUAAAUGUCACAUACAAAGGCCAUACUUAUUAUAAGAAUCAAUGGAUUAAUGUGACCUUGGACAGGUUCAGUACAUUUGAAAUUCAUGCUGUUCCUGAUCUCAGUGGAACGCACAUUGUGUCUGAUAAACCGGUUGGAGUUUUAAGUGGAAACAAAAAGGCAGUGGUCGGAAAUACGGGUGGUUCUCGUGACCACUUGGUCGAGAUGUUGCUUCCGGUGUCAUCCUGGGGUAAGAAUUAUGCGACUGUGCCCAUUCCAGAAAGAGACGUGGGGGACAUCUUCCAAUUCCUUGCCAGCGAAGACAACACCCAUGUUAACGUAUCUGGCGUUAUAAAUGGCAAGGCAUUCCAUGACCAGUUUACCAUUGCAAAAGCUGGAUCAUACGCCAAAAAGCAAUAUAGUUCUCAUUUAUAUGCCCACGUGACAUCAGAUAAACCAAUAGCUGUGUUCCAGUUUUCUUUGACUCAGAAAGGAGGAACGGAUUUAGCUGACCCUGCCAUGUUGAUAGUCCCUCCCAUAGAACAAUAUGCUGCUGACUAUACCUUUACAACACCUGAAUAUUCAAAAGGGCAGUAUACCAACUAUUUCAUGUUUGUAGUAGACGCUUCUCAAAAGGCUGGUUUACGGCUUGAUAAUAAACCUUUGCCACACAACCAGAAUUAUGUGACCAUACCUGGAAGUAAUCUAGUAGCUGGGUUCGUCAAGAUUUCCGUUGGAACCCAUUCUGUCACCCACACAAAUCCAACCACUGUCAUCGGAGGGAUUCUUUUUGGAAAAGCAAAUCUUGAAUCGUAUGGUUUCCCCAUCGGGUUGUUGUUGACCCCAGUUAACACGGGUUGCCGGGCCAAACCAAUGCAAUAUGGAGACGAAAUAGAUAAUGACUGUGACGGCGAAGUCGACGAAGAAAGAGCAGACGGGAAAGACAAUGACGGAGACGGUCGCAUUGAUGAGGAUUGUGAUGCAUUCCACCCAAAUUCUGUUCCAGCAGUGGGAAAACGGAUUUUAAUGUAGAACUGGAAAAAUAGAAAGCAUUCAAUUUGAUUAGAUAUAAAAAUGAGUGGAUAAAA